AUGUGGAAAUCGUUCUUUCUGCAAAAAUCUAUCUAUCUAUCUAUCUAUCUAUCUAUCUGUAUGCCUGUGUAUCUAUCUAUCUAUCUAUCUAUCUAUCUAUCUAUCUAUCUAUCUGCCUGUGUUUCUAUCUAUCCAUCUAUCUACCUAUCUAUCUAUUUAUCUAUCUAUCUAUUUCAGUCUGUUCCUAUCUAUCUAUCUAUCUAUCUAUCUGCCUGUGUGUCUAUCUAUAUGCCUAUCUAUCUAUCUAUCUAUCUAUCUAUCUAUCUAUCUAUCUAUCUGUUUCAGUCUUUUCUCUAUGACAUCUAUCUAUCUAUCUAUCUAUAUUCAUAUCUUCUAUUCUGGUCUCAUUCUGCAUAUUAUCUAUCUAUCUAUCUAUCUAUCUAUCUAUUUCAGUUAAAAAAUAUAUUUAUCUUUCCUCAGUCUGUUCAUAUCUAUCUAUCUAUCUAUCUAUCUAUCUAUCUAUCUAUGCUGGUUAAUACGGCACCUAUUUAUUAUUUAACUCUAUUCACUAUCUAUCUAUCUAAGCCGUUCAUUAUCUAUUUAUCUAUCUAUCUAUCUAAGCCUAUUCAUUAUGUGUUUAACUCUAUUCGCUAUCUAUCAAUCUAUCUAUCUGUCUAUCUCUCUCUCUCUAUAUUAACUAUCUAUUCUAUUAUCUAUCUAUCUAUCUAUCUAUCUAUCUAUCUAUCUAUAUAUUUAACCGCAGCAAGACAAUACGUCUGCGAUAAAAAGAGAAGAGAAAGGCAAGCAACGUCUUUACUAGCAGAGCAACGACCAUCCUCCAAUUUCUUCUUUUCUGCCUUUCCAGUUUUGUGUCUGUCUGCGCGCCAGUGCAUGUCUGGAUACAUGUCUGCGCAUGUGCGUGUGUGCGCUUGCGCGGCGGUGUUUCAGCGCGCGCGCACACGUACACAGAGUUUCUUCUCUCUAUUUUCCCAAUGUUACAAAAUUAUUACUCUGUCUCUCUUUCCCAAUGUUACUCUUAUUACUCUGUCUCUCUUUCCCAAUGGUACACUUUUUAUUCUCCCAUCAAAUAUAAUAUUACAUUUAUUGUUAUCCUUGAUUUCCCAAUCUUUUUUUUAUCAUUAUAAAAAAAAAAAUUACACACAUUACUCUCACUGUCUCUUUCCCAAUAUUACACUUAUUUCUCUCUCUCUUUCCCAAUAUUACACUUAUUAUUCACUCUCUUUCCCAAUAUUACACUUCUUAUUCUCUUUCUUUCUGAAUAUUAAACUUAUUAAGCACUUUUUCACAAAAUUACACUUAUCAUUCUGUCUUAAAAAAAAUAUUAUACAUAUUACUCUCACUCUCUCUUUCCCAUUAUUGUAUUUAUUGAUCUCUCUCUCUCUCUCUCUCUCUCUCUCUCUCAAACAUUAA